CUUCUUCCUACAACUCAACAUGCCGGCCAAGAUGUGCUUAGUUAUAUUGCUCGUGGGUGUCACUUUAUGCAGCGGCGCGGUUUUGCCGUUAACUGAUACACCGAAUGGAGGAUCUGCAGCCAACACAACUGCGACAGCAGCGACGACAAAACCACCACCAACAACAAAACCACCACUAACAACGGCAGCAAAGGUUACAACAACGACGAAACCAACGACUGCGACAGCGAAAAAGACCAAUACGAGAAAACCCAAGACAACUACCACUAAAAAGACUACAGCGAAGAAACUCCUACAACUAAUAUCUACAUUGAAGGCUACACCUAAAACUUCAACAACAGAGCCAACCACUAAAACGGACAUCGAAACAACUUAUACGAUCCUUGAAAUACCCACCAGCACCCUCGCCAAAUUUUGCACUUACAAUGGCAAGACGUACGCGGUGAGUAUAUAAUACAAUGUACUCUGUAUGCUUUUUAAAUCUGUUAUAUUAACUUCACGUUUGUUCGUGUGUUGUUGUUUUUUUAAAUUGACCCACUUCCCAUCAUCCUAUUGAACUGAAACUUGGCACAUAGACUCGUUGCCGAGGGUAGCACAUUCUUCGAAAAUUUUCAACCCCACCCCGAACCCAGCAAAAAAUCAAUUUUUCCUGUUUUUCAAAGGGGAGGAACAUAUGUUAACGCUUUGCUCAACGAGUGCGUGUUUUAGUGUGGAGAUUAACUGUGCAACUGUUGCUACGUGUUUUGUGUUUGUAAUUGGGUAUAAAUAUAUCUCUUUUUUUUAAUUUUAGGUUUUACAUGCACUGAAGGUAUAUAAACACCAUUCCCACAGCAAAAUCGGCCGCUGCAAUCACGUCAAUGAUACAUCACCCUACAAAAACAUCAUGCAAAAAGAAAUUUUGCAUCUAUAGGAUUUAUACGCAUAACGUUAAUAUUUUAGGAGUUUUUUUUUUUUUCAUUAGAUUUCUUUCGUCAUUUUGUUUGUAGUUGGAAUCUUGCAUCCCAACUUUGACCCACUUUCUGAUGUCCCACUGAGUUGAAAUCUUCUUUUCACGUACCAACCCCCCCCCCCCCCCCCCAUGACAAUAACACUCUUCAUGGUCAGUAGGUCACCAGUGACCCCCCACCCUUCCUCACUCACCAAUGAAUGACCUCUAUCUUGCCGUGUCCGGAAAUUUGAUCGAAAGAAAUUUCGCCAACGGAAAAUGGAUCGACGGAAGUUUGAUCGGACUGAUAUUUGGUCAAAUCCUUUUGAUCGAAGCAAUUAUUAUUUUCUUAUUUGAAGGUUUUGAACUAUUUAAAAGACUUAAAUGCAUGCCAACAAGGAAUAAUGCAUAUAUUUAAAGAUUUUAAAUUUUAAUUAACUGGCCAUAUACAUAUACAUAUAUAUAUAUAUAUAUAUAUAUAUAUAUAUAUAUAUAUAUAUAUAUAUAUAUAUAUAUAUAUAUAAUACGUGUGUGUGUGUGUUUUGUGUGUUUGUGUGUGCGCAUUCGCUCAAUAAGCCACUUUAAAAUAUGACAACAAUACUAAAAAUUACUUUUUUUUUAAGCUACAGUUACCAUAAUAUUUUAAAAUAAUAUUUUCAGAAUGUAAAUAAAUUUUGUUGAAUAUGAACGAUAUUUCACAGUUAAAGUAAAAAAAAAAUAUGACAAUGAAUAGCCCUCAUAAUGAAAAGUAUACGACUUUCAAAAAUGUGUUACAAUCUAUUUCAGUUAUUGCAAUUAUAACUAUGUGCUCGAUUUUUGUUCAAUUUAAAUUAUAACAUUAAUACCAUGAACCCUAACAGGCAGGAGAAACGUUUUCGCCGGACCCAUGCACUUUCUGUAACUGCGAGGAGAGCGGCCAAUCCAUGUGUGCUCAGAUGAGUUGUCCGUAUUGUCCGGGGGGAACCGUCUCCAUACCUGACCAGUGCUGUCCGAUUUGCCACCCAGAGGUUAGCUGUUUUAGUUUAUAUAUAUAUAUAUAUAUAUAUAUAUAUGUAUAUGAGAUCCUUUCCGCUCGUAUAAGAGUUGCAUUUACCUUUACCUAAAAACAUAUUGCAGGGAAAGUUCAGUAUGCUGCCAAAUACAUCUCGAUACAAUUUUGUACUGCUGCUUAUUUUAGAGGCGCAUAAAAGAGAGCAGGUUGUAAGAAAGCGAUCAUAAACCCCAUCGUAGAAGAAGACUGUCCCCAAACUGACCAAAUGGCUUAUUUACACGAGUAACAUAACAUCGGGGUUCAAGACAUAAAUUGUAAUGAACCCCGGUUUUACUAUUUAUGCGGAGUGGACAAAUUCCAUUUCUGGACGUCGAAAGCUAUCAGGGAAAAUCUUGUGACAUUCUUAAGUGAAUCAUCGAUUUUAAUUUCAGAAACUAAGACUUUAAAACAGAGGAAACAGCUAUCAUUGUUAUUUAACUUUGGUGUUUACUGCAAGCCGGUGAACACGUUAAAAUAUAGGAGAUUGCUACAAGUCUUACAUUUGGUUUAUACGGUAUCGAGUCAAAGGUUGUAAAUUAAAUAAAGAAAUAUCUAAGCUAAAUUGUAAAGUGUAAGGAUUGGUUUAAUCUUUUUUUUAAAAAUAUAAUCAUUAUGAAAUGAUCUUACGACAUUCACUCAAUAUUCUUUUUUUUUUAAUGAUGUUAUGAAGCUGAAUAUACUCAGGCGAUCUUAAGUAAGAAUCUAGUGGCUUUUAAUGUGUACAUAAUCAUUUCGUGGAUCACACAUUCAAUGUCUAACUGAACACAAUUUACUUCUUUUCUCCUAAACACUACAGCGCGUGUUAUGUACGUUCGAGGGUGAGUUUUACGCAGUAAGUAGAAUCAUUCUAUAAAUAGCUCUUACAUGUUUUAAAGACAUUGAAGUGGUGGAGUUAUAUUUGUUAAGGAGUCAUUUGUUAGAGAUCGUGAGUGUCAGUCUCCAGCCCACUGCAGGUAAUGAUUUAAAAAUCACUUCCCCCACCCCCCCCACCAAAAAGCACAACAAUAUUUUAGUUUAAAAGUACACGCACACCAAACACCCCCCCCCCACUUUUCCCAAAAUUAAAAAAAAAAUUAAAAAAUUAUCCUGAUCUGUAAAUGGCUUGGAACACUGUGUUGCUUCCACCAUAGCUUAACAUGAGCAGCUUGACACAAUGUACAUAUACAUAAAGAGAGAAAAAGAGAGGGAGGAAAGGGAAGAGAGAUGGGAUAUAUAUAUAUCUAUAUAUAGACCGACGUGGUGAAAUUCGCGUUGCAAAAAUUUCACCGCAAGAGCUUCUCAUAUCAAAGUUUGUUUCUGAUUCAAGUUUUUCGAAACCGAAUACACCGCUCUUUUGGUUCUUCAGGUAGGUGCAAGCUUCCACACAGAGCCCUGCACGGUCUGCACGUGCGGGCCCGAUGGUCAAAACGAGUGCUCGACAGACGAGUGUCCGUACUGUGAGGGAGAGGCUGUCUACGUUGACGGUCAGUGCUGUCCGGCAUGCUACCCGACGACAACCACGACCGUGAGUUGUUCUUUUUUUUUAUUUUUUGGCUUAACUUUAAAGACAACCACGACCGUGAGUUGUUCUUUUUUUUUUUUGGCUUAACUUUAAGACCAGUAUUGUACUUUGCGUGAACACUUAGCCAUCGAGAUACCUUUUAUUUGAGAUCAUCACCCGAAUCAAGAGGCGUGAGCUUCAUUUAGAGAAUUCUGUUUAUUUUUUUAUUCCAACACAAGUUAAGCCUGUGGUUCUUGCGGGUUGCAUAGCCCUAGAACUAAAAAAAAAAAUGUAGAUCACAAUAGCUGUCACAAUAGAUAUCACAAUAGAUGUCACAAUAGAUGUCACAAUAGAUGUCAAAAUAUCUGCAACAAUAGCUGUUACAUUAGGUGUCACAAUAGCUGUCACAAUAUUUUCCACAAUAGCUGUCAUAAUAUUGGCCACAACAGCUGUCAAAAUAACUGUCACACGAGCUGUUGCAAUAGCUGUCACAAAGGCUGUCACAGUAGAUGUCACAAUAGCUGUCUUAGGGCCUAAAAACGACCGUCUAUCAAAUAAUACAUGUAAAAAUUCAUAUCAAAUUGCUUGAAAAAUUCACUCUAAGAAGUUUUACAUUAUUUUCGACCUUUCGAUGAAAAUGCGAGCAGAGGUAAAGUCUAUAAAGAAUGACCAAAACGCAUUCACUUACCUCGGUACUGGCGUUUUAAAAUGUGUCUCCGUUUGAAGCUACACCAGGUAAUGCGUCUGACAUUUUGGUUUAAGGGGGGGGGGGGGGGGGGGGGGUUGGGGGAGGGGGGACAGCAUAAUAUCGCCACCGGCCUUUCGGGUUCUUAUGCAAUUCAAUUUCUAUUAAGAAAUUUAAACAAAAUAGAUCGAGUUGGUGGUGGGGGGGGGGGGGGGGGGGGGGGGGGGGUGUGGUAAAAAAUCUUGGCACAGCUCCAGGCGGCACUGAUCCCAGCGACGCCCCCAGGAGCGCCCCGUUAUUUACACAUUUAAUCUUUUAACAAAAUGUAAUCGAUCUUUUAAAUCAUAUAUUUAAAAAAAAAUUAAGUUAAUAAUUGAAUUUAUUAUUUCAUCUCUGUCAAGCAACAACCAAACUUUUGCGAAGCCAAUGGAAAAUAUUACGCUGUAAGUAUAAUUCGGAUUUUUCUUUGUGUUUUUAAUGUUCAGACAAAUUGAGCAGCCAUAAGUUAAAAUUUAAAAUAAACGUUUUUUAAAAAAGGUAUGCUUUCAAAGUACAAAAAAAAAACGUCAUUUAAAAAAAAAAAUUUGUGUCUAACUAUAUCAAAAUAAUACUUGGAUUGAAAAAAGAUGUGAACACUUCACAAAGCAGUCAUGUAAGUUGUAUAAUACUGAUUGUGGGUAGAUGAAGUAAGGAGGAAAGACGACGGCCCAGGUCCACUGGUGAUGUAUUAAACAGAAACUCGUCCCUCUUCCCCUAGACAGCGGCGAGAACGUGACAGGCAGAUCCGGCUCAGUAACAGACUGAACACAGAACAGGAGCUGCUCAUUCCUGUCAAAGACAAUCAAGGGCCGGAACAUUCUUCCAAAAGGAACAGUUGAAGCAGCAACACCUGUCACAUUUGUGUCUAUUGCCUCAGGCCUUUCAAACCCUAGUUCCUGAUACCCUCGCUGAGUAGCCCUUGCAGCCAGUGAAACAUCCUCAGCACAGACAGGCACAGAAACACUGCAAAUCUCUCAUACAUGCAUAGGAAGCAGGACCGUUGAUGCAUAGAUUGAGGACCCUUAAUAUAAUAUAGAAGAAGAAGGUUCAAGACGAGCAAAGUAGCGCUGCGGAAAUCUCCUUCAAUGCGUAAAAUAAAAUGUAAUGCUCCCCAAAACAUGGCUUUACAUUACAAGUUAUAAAGAUUGCAUCGACGUAACUGCACGCUUAUGCGUUACUGAAAGAGGAAGAUGAACAUCGAGGUAGAGGGAGGGAGAGAGAGAGGAGAGAGAGACAGAGAGUGUGAGAGAGAAAGCGACAUGGAAAUUAUUCCUUUCACAAUCCUGCUUUUCUCAAAGCUCUCUAAUGUGUUUGUGAUGAACGGCUGUGGUGUGCCUACUUUAUACGAACCAAUCAAACAGCAGUACAUUUUGUAAUUAAAUACAUUCGGUUGUGAUAAUCUUCCAUUCUGGGACUCACACCCAAAGCCAAGAUAACCCGACCAUCUAAUACUCGAUUUCGAUUUGGAUUCUUCAGGUAGGGGAAAGCUACAUGCCCGACCCGUGCCAACACUGCACGUGUGCUGAAGGUGGACACCCUUGGUGCAUGAGGUACAGGUGUGAAAUGUGUGACGGACUGACCGUCUACGUGCCUGGCCAGUGCUGUCCAGAAUGCCAACAAACAACGGUCAGUUUGUCAGUUUAUGUUUAAGAGAAAAGAAACAACCAAUUAUUAGAGUGUGGGACUGCGAUAAAGCUUUCAAGUAGAUCAAUGGGACACAAACAGUAUGUGUAAUACAACAUUAUAUGUUUCUCUUCGUUGGGUACUUGUGCCCAAACUUAUUUUCUUUUCAAGUUUAGGCACGAUAUAUAGUUUACGUAAAUUUCAUUUACUCUUAUUUGAAUUUUUAAUUUUUUUCUCUUAUGUUGUACGGCUGAAGGCAUUAGCAGAAACGUUUGCAUUUGUAUUCUGUGUAAAGAUUUGUAAAGUUAAUUUAAUAUUGCUCCAUUUACACAAAUUGUUUUUGUCUGGAUUAAUUUAAGAUCAAAACUUAAGUUUCUGGCCCAACUUUAAAACAAGCUAAUAAGGUUUCCUGAGCUGAUUAGAAUUGUCUGUCCAUCUGUUCAGAGAGAAUGGAACAUGCUGCUGGUUUCUUAAAAGCUAAGACUGUGUACAUAUACUGCAGGCAGUUUGACACGUCUGUAUACAAUGUUAAUCUUCAAGGGGAACGAAACUUCUUUAUCUGUAAAUUUUCCAUAUAAUUCCAGAUUUCGGAUGCAUUUAUUCAGUAAAAACUGUUCCAUCCCCAAAGCAACAUCUUGUAUAUAUUCUAUGAAAGACAUUCUUCUAACACAAGGACAUAUUUUUUUUGUUGCUUUUUGUUUUUUUCUUUGGCCUUGGGGGGGGGGGUAUCAAAUAUGUAAUUUAUUAAUUUUUUUUUCAAUUUCUCAAACAGCCUACCUUUUGUGUAGCCAAUGGAAAAUAUUACGCAGUAAGUACAGUUCUGAACUAUUUGAUUAGUCGAAGUAGGUUGUAGGUUUUCUAUUUUUUCACUUACACGCAAAGUCAAGAUGACCCACUAUCUAUUAUUAUUAUUAUUACAAAGCUCUUAUAUAGCUUGCCACCCCAGUCUAGGCCUUGGAUCACCACACUGCACAUAAAAAUAUUAUUGAACAUAACCAUGAGAUGAAAAUAAUUCAUUUAUUGAUUUUUUUUUAAAGCUGCAUAAAAAUAAAACAAAAAAUAUAUUCAUCCCAAACACCCCAGAACUAUUUACAUGUCAAGCCAUGGACGGACCACAGCAGAAUCGUUUAUCGGUCAGAUGGGGGACGGGAAUCAGUCGGGAUAGUAGAGUUUGAAGAGCUGUGUCUUAAGUGCAAUUUUGAAGGCCUGAAUGGUCAGUUUAUUGCGGAUGUGUAGUGGGAGAGAAUUCAAUUGUUGGGGUGUGCAGAAAGAGAAAGAUCGUUCACCGUAUGUUUUAGUGCUUGUCUUGGAAAAAAAAUACUCGUGUCUGCUGAGAAACGAAGCUGACGAAGGGGUGAAUAGACAGAAAGAAAUCCCGUUAGAGAAGAAGGGCAGGAAUCCGAGAAGAAGAUGUGACGGAGAACAAAUUAAUAUUCACUGUCAAUUUUGAUUAUUUAGGUCGGUGAAAGCUACAUGCCUGAUCCAUGCCAACACUGCACGUGUGCCGAAGGUGG